ACUGAAGUGGCGGUGUUGUAAUAGGCCCCGAGAAGUGUGACUUGACUCGUCACUGGCUCAAGGUUCUUGUGGCCGAUUUCAAUUUUCCAUCGGAGCCUUUUGAUAAAAGAAGGAAUAUUACAAUGGGCGAAGAAGUGCCCAGCUGGGAACUGCAGAGGGCCAAGAACGACCCCAAAACUUUGGUGUACACCAGGAGGAGGGGGUAUGACAUUACCAGGAACCCGCAUCUCAACAAGGGCAUGGCCUUUACAUUGGAGGAGAGGCUCCAACUGGGCAUCCAUGGCUUGCUGCCUCCCUGUGUUCUGAGCCAGGACGUUCAAGUCCUCCGGGGGCUGAGGAGCUACGACAUGAUAAAAGACGAUCUUGAUCGGUACAUUUUCCUCAUGGCCCUCCAAGACCGAAAUGAGAAGCUUUUCUACAAGGUACUGACGUCAGAUAUUGAGAGAUUCAUGCCGGUAGUUUACACACCCACUGUAGGCCUGGCUUGCCAACAAUACGGACUGGUAUUUCGCAGACCAAGGGGUCUUUUUAUUACUAUCCAUGACCGAGGCCACAUUGCUACAGUGUUGAAGUCCUGGCCUGAAAAUGAUAUUCGGGCCGUUGUUGUCACUGAUGGGGAACGUAUUCUGGGUCUAGGUGACCUUGGGAGUUAUGGAAUGGGCAUACCAGUGGGUAAGCUGGCAUUGUACACGGCAUGUGUUGGAGUGAAACCCCAGCAGUGUUUACCCGUGAUGCUAGACGUUGGCACCAACAACGAGGAGUUGCUGAAAGAUCCUCUGUACAUUGGACUAAGGCACAAAAGAAUAAGAGGUCAAGAAUAUGAUGAUCUUGUGGACGAGUUUAUGCAGGCAGUGACUGAGAGGUAUGGUCAAAACUGCCUCAUUCAGUUUGAGGAUUUUGGUAACGCCAAUGCAUUUCGUCUGUUGAACAAGUACUGUAACAAAUACUGCACCUUCAACGAUGAUAUCCAGGGGACAGCGGCAGUGGCCAUGGCGGGCAUACUGACAGCUCUCCGCAUCACGAAGAACAAGCUGUCAGAACACAAGUUCUUGUUCCAAGGAGCUGGUGAGGCUGCCCUGGGAAUAGCAAACCUGCUUGUGAUGGCCAUGGAGAAGGAAGGGCUGACUCAACAGCAAGCUGUGUCGAAAAUCUGGUUGGUUGACUCUAAAGGCCUCAUUGUUCAGGGACGUGCCAAUCUGUCUGAGCAAAAAUUACAAUUUGCUCACCCGCAUCCUGAAGUGAGCAACCUGGCUGAUGUGAUCCGGGAUCUCAGACCUACUGCCCUUAUAGGUGCUUCUGCCAUUGCGGGUGCAUUUACUGAGCAGAUCAUCAAAGACAUGGCAAGCUUCAACAAGCAUCCAAUUAUAUUUGCUCUCAGCAAUCCAACCAGCAAAGCAGAGAGUACCGCUGAGCAAUGCUAUCAGCUGACUGAGGGCCGGGCAAUAUUUGCAAGCGGAAGUCCAUUUAACGCAGUCACAAUGUCAGAUGGCCGCGUGCUGUAUCCGGGCCAGGGAAACAAUGCCUAUGUGUUUCCUGGAGUGGCACUUGGGGUCAUAGCCUGCGGCAUGAGGCAUAUCAGUGAUACCAUCUUCCUCAUUGCAGCAGAGGCUUUAGCAGAACAGGUUCUUGAAGAACAUUUGGCUGAAGGACGCCUAUACCCUCCGCUUAAUUCUAUCCAAAAAGUUUCCCUGAACUUGGCAGUGAAGGUUGCCGAAUAUGCUUUCAGAAACGGAAUGGCAUCUGUGUACCCUGAGCCCGAAGACAAACGUUCUCUGAUCAGCUCCCUCAUGUACAGCACGGAUUACGACAGUUUUGUCAUUGAUUCUUACACUUGGCCAGAGGAAGCAUCAAAGAUUCAAACAGUCAAAAUUUAAAAACAGUAUCCCUAGCAUUCAGGAUUUUUAGAGAGGGCUGCUUGGUUAACCUUUCAGGGAAAUUAAUCAGUGGAUUAAAUGUUAAAGUUUGUAGUAUGGUGCGCCUAUUUAGGUUUUUUUUCAUGGUAUAAAUAUAGCUCUUCUGCAACUAAAUACGUUUCUUCCUGUGCCAGAAAGAAUUCUUUCAUUUCUGUUUUUCUUGCUGAACGUAUCCGAACCGCAGUCAGUAAUCUUCAAUUUCAUUCGUUAAUGACUUAUGCAGGACAUUACCCUAAUGUCCUUACCACAAGGACAGAUUGGUGAUGGGCCAUUCCAUAUGCUGGAAUGAUCUAACACUGGUACUCAAAAUUUGGCCAGUCCAGUUGAUGAUAUCACUAGGCAAUGCUAACAAUCAUAACCUUCAGAAUGUUAAUGACUUGAAAUACUGUUAGAAACCUUGAGUCCAGUAGGGUUGGCAGCAAUGGAGGCACAAGCAGAUCCAGGUGAGUUGGGGUUCUCUGCACCAACCUUUGUGACUGUACAUUAAAACUUCAUGUGGUAAGAGUCCUUCCCAGAAUCAGACAGGGUUUGCCUUUGUAAACGGUUGUAACCUGAACAAUGAGCAGGGGAACAGUGGUGAUACAGGAAAGCACCACCCAACAUACACAAAAUGCUGGUGGAACACAGCAGGCUAGGCAGCAUCUAUAGGAAGAAGCACUGUCAAUGUUUUGGGCCGAGACCCUUCGCCAGGACUCACCAUCCAUGUCUGUCCAGUUAGGAAAAGUUCAAAAAAACUCAGAAGAUUUUUUGUACAGUCCGGAAUGAAAGCUGAUGUCCGUUCAGACUCUGCUAGUAAACCAUAGACUGCCCACUUCCCUCAGCCCUUUGCUCUAAUUCCUGUGUUACCACCAAGCCCCUCAUCGUCUCAGGACUUGUAUAGGGUACCAUUCUCACAGUGCCCUUGAAGGUCGUUUCCAUGCUCCCUGUUCAGAUAGCCUAACAGCCUCUUCCAAGAUGCAGUGGUUGGGAAACUUGUAUCCAAUUUACAUUUCUGACUUAGUCAUAAAAGCCAUGUGAGUCUCCUCUCUGCUCCCAGAUGGCCUCCUCACCCUCCACCCCCAGACCCUCCUAUUUAAUCUUAAAGAAAGCACAGGUAGUAUCUUUGCAGUAUGAAUGGAAAGGAAAAUGUUGAUGGGUAUUAGGUACUGCUGCUGUGCAGAAGAGUGAAUUAGACAUGGUAAUUUUGCUUUGGGUGAUAGCUAGAAUCACAACUUUAAUGGCCAUCUAUUUUGAAGACACCACUGUCAACACUUAUCAGGAAUUUAAGUUGAAGGUUUAUCAACAAAGCAUUAAAUUGAUUAUUUUGUUCAAAAUCAAAGCUUAAUUCAUAUUCAUCUUGCUACAAUUUAUUUCUGCAAAAAAAAAUCAGUGGAAAAUAAACUUGAGGGAAUGGAUUUGGUUUAAUAUAGAAUACUUUUUUUCUGUACUACGUGUGGCAAAUUCAAGGUUGUAUUAAAAUCGGCAUAUUGCAUCUCA